UUGAUCUGUAUCUAUUCAUUUUUAAAUUAUCCCUUCUUUACGAAAUAUAUGAAAAUUGUGAGAUACUAAUGUUGAUAAACGCGAGCUCCCAAACAUAGUAACACCAUACAACAUCAAGCACGGACGAUGCAAGUACAAUGGUUCACAUUUUUCACUCUGAUUGCGAGAUUAUUUGCUGCAAGAAACGAACUGGCGAGAGAUUAUUUUGUCUACAAGCAAGUGCCGAGUGUCGUUGCCUUUUUGUGUGAACACGCGUCACGUGAUUUCGAAUUAAACAAGAUGCUGAGCAGCGAAGGAAUGAGAGUGGCAAUUUUCUACCCUGGGUUCGAAUUCUCUCUGGAAAAAGUGAUGGCUGCAACCUAUUCGCAAUUUGGAGUUUUUCUGGAUUUAAAUUGCGGAAGUGAAUACAGUGAGUUCAUUUUGACAGAGAGUUCGAAACUUCGAACCUUCAACGACUCCUACAUCUGGCUAUUAUUUGGUGAAAACCUGAAUGAAAGUGUAGACUUACUACAUGAUGAAACAUUUAGUAUUGGCACUGAUUUGGUUAUUGCCACACCGAGGCUUAAUGAAUAUACCUUGUACGACGUUUACAACCCGGCCAAAGAACGGGGCGGGAAACUGAAUGUUACAGAACUUGCUUCUUGGCAUAAUGAGACAGGGUUCAACGUCACCUUGAUUCAAGAGAAAUACCAGAGAAGAGCAAAUUUUCAUGGAUUGCAGCUGAAAGUAAUUGCUGUUACACAGUACAGACCCGAUGAUAUGAGCAUUGAAGAAUACUUGCAAGAUCACACUACAAAAGCAUUGGACAGUAUGACUAAGUUCGGGUUUGCCAUUUUAUCGCACUUGGGAGAUAUUUUCAACUUCACAAUGGACAUUGAAGAGACAAGCUUUUGGGACCAAGUGACUGAAAACGGUACACAUCUUGGCAUGGUGGGGAUUCUUCAUCGAAGUGAAGCCGACAUUUCGGCUACUCCAGCGCUUCUAUUCAAAGAACGUGCAAUCCUAAUUAAGGCCAUUCAUCCUGUUUGGCCAUGGAGAACCUGCUUCAUGUUUCGAUCAAUGGCAUCGAGGGUAAGCGAUGAGUUUAUUCGUCCAUUUUCUACGAAAUCUUGGAUCGUUACCGCAGUCGUAGUUACGAUUUCCGUAAUUGUACUGGGUCUGACUUUGAAAGUUGAGCUUGUCAAGGACCGAUUCAACACCUGGAUUGAAGUAGGAUUGGUCGCAACGGGUAUCAUGUGUCAGCAAGGCUCACUGCUCAUUCCUACGUCCAUUUCCAGCCGAUUAGUGGUAUUGAAUUUGCUAUACUUCAGCAUCUUGAUUUACAACUAUUAUUCGGCGAGUGUUGUAUCUGCUCAACUGAAUCAACCGCCAGAAAAAAUGAACGACUCAAUGCACCAGCUUGCACAGUCUAAUUUACAGAUUGCAGCUGAACCAAUUACGUACACGAACUUCGGAUUGACGGCUCAAAAAGACUGGGAGAUCAAGGAGUUCUACGUCAAGCGAUGGAAACCUCUGGCAGACAGAACGCGAUACAUUCCGCUCGAAGAAGGAUUCGCAAGGGUUGCUAAGGGUGGCUUCGCUUACCACACAGAUCCAAACACCGGGUAUCCUUAUGUAGAGAGAUUGUUUACCAACCAAAUGAUCUGUGAACUAACGGAAGUUCACCUAUUUCGACCUCAGAUGAUGUCACUGUCGGGUAGACACAACAGUCCUUUCACUGAAAUGGCAAAGAUUGGUGCAUUGAAGCUAUCAAGCGCAGGACUCUUGACUCGGCAACAAAAACGCUGGAUGGCUCGAAAGCCAAUGUGCAUCCGUGACUCUUUCAUACUACAAAGUAUUUCCAUCUUAACAACGGCACCUGCGUUUAUCAUUUUGUUCGUUGGUAUUUUUCUGGCUUCAGUGAUUUGCAUUUGGGAAAAUCUGAUCUUCAAAUCACAAGAUUCUUCAAAAUAAAAUUAAUUUUGAUCAUUUAUUAUUGCACCCGGCACGUGUCAUUGAUGCUUGUUGUUAGAUACAAUGAGAAAUUUUACCUCUUAACUUAAAAUUUUGAACUAAUUGAGCAGAAAUGUAAUCCUGAAGAAACAUGUUUUA